GUGCAGUUUGGCCAAUUCGUCUCCGUGGCUGCCAAACCAUUUUUGUAACUGCAAAAUAUACUUGGAGUAUCUUAAAUUUUCAUGAAGCCUGGAUAAACAAAUACAAAAACAACGAUCCAAGAAAACUUCAAUUUCAAAAAGCAAAUGAUGCACUAGUUAGAAUUCUGCGUUCUAUCGUCGAUAACUGUAGAGAUAAAAAGAAAGUUGAGAAAGCAAGAUCUAUUUUGAAUACCAAGGUUAAACGUAGCGUUGAUGUAGAUAAUUUGUGGCUUAACCUUAACAAUAAAAGAGAACCAUCGAUAAAUAAUGAAAAUGACCAAUUGCCGGAGGAUUAUUGUUCACUUUUUAAUGAUGGUAAUGAAGAAGAACUAAGUCAUUUGAUAGAUGAUAAUGUCUUGAAUGAAGAAACGAAUCUCCCUAAAUUUAAUGAAAUAAAUUUGGAACUUGAGAAGUCUUUAGCGACAAAUGAAGCACGUAAUGAAUCAAAUAAUCCUUUUCAAAGAGCUAAAAUUGGUCAUAAAGCAGACAUGAAAGGAACGUUAAAAAAUACUUCAUGUAAAUUAGAAGCUUUAUAUGGAGAAGUAUCUGGAGGAUUAGGGCCUUUUG